AAUUUAGUGAGGUUUAAAUAACACAACUAAAAAAAAAAAAAAAAAAAACAUGGAGAAAUCGAGAAAGGAGAGAAAAUAGGUUUUUUCGGCUUCAAGAUCUCACAAUCCAAAGAUUGUUUUCAAUUGAUUUGAUUAAGAGUUUGGGAUGGUUGGUUAUGGACAAUUUGUUGCAUAUGGAGUCUGCAAGAGUCGUUUCAUUGAGUAAUGGUAGUCGUUCUGAGGACAGAUCAGGAAUAUUGCUAGUGGAAAAUGGUCAUUAUGCUUCUCCGUGCGGUUUACCCAAGUAUAAGCGGCAGAGAGUUUCUGCUGUUCGGGAUUUUCCUCCAAGUUGUGGACAGUUGACACCCAAUAGAGAUACUGUUGUUGGUAUAGUUUGCCCCGAGGCAGAUAAUCUUGUGCACUCAUCUAAUCAUUUGGAGAGGCCUGAAUUGGUGAGUGUUGAUCCUGAAGGUGCUUUGUUUCCAGAAUCUGCAAAUUUAAACCCGUUUGAACGCAAAAUCUCUAGUGGGUCAAAGCAUUUGAAUGGGGCAGAUAUUGGUGCCUCGAAGAAAGAGAUGUCCCUGGAAAGUGGUCUGAAGGCAUUGUUGCCAGCUGACCGGUGAAUUG